AUGGAGCCAGAACGCUGCUUUGAGUCCAGAAACACUUCAUGUUUGAAGUCAAGUUAUCCCAUACCCCUACGUGUUACCCUCUACAUCAUUUUAGGGGUCAUAAUCAUCCUAACAGUGUGUGGAAACCUUUUGGUCACUUUCUCAGUGGCUUAUUUUAAGCAGCUCCAUACUCCAACAAAUUACCUGAUUUUGUCUCUUGCUGUGUCUGACCUGCUUUCAGGGAUAAUAGUCAUGUUCCCUUUUAUGAUUCAAACAAUUGAGUCUUGUUGGUAUUUUGGCGACUUCUUCUGCAAUGUCUACAUGAGUUCUGCUCCCACGCUGUGUACAGCAUCAAUUAUCACUCUUUCCUUCAUAUCAGUUGAUCGAUACUACGCUGUUUGCCAACCUCUGCUUUACAGAAGUAAAAUAUCUGUGAAUGUUGUGUUGAUCAUGAUCCUGAUCUGUUGGAGUAUUUCAGUUAUUUUAGGUUUUGGAAUGAUUUUUCUGAAGUUAAAUAUUUUGGGUGUUGAAGAGUUUUAUUAUAACCAUGUUGUAUGUGAAGGAGGAUGUAUUUUUUUUAUGAGUGGAAUGUCUAUUACUGUCUUCUCAGUGAUUUCUUUUUACUUGCCCGGAAUAAUAAUGCUCUGUGUUUACCUUAAGAUUUUCCUUGUGGCACGGAAACAGUUUCGCAGCAUACAAAAUGCAGGAUGUGUGAACUCAGUAAAAAAGUCAAACACAAGCCAGACAAAGGCCACUAAAACCCUGGCUAUUGUAAUGGGGGUUUUUCUGUGCUUUACGACUCCAUUUUUUGUUUUUAACAUAAUCAAUCCUUUUAUUAGUUACUCAAUACCGCCAAAAUUUAUUGUAACACUUAUAUGGUUGGCAUACUUGAAUUCUACUGUGAACCCUAUGAUAUAUGCAUUCUUUUAUAGUUGGUUCAGAAAGGCUUUUAAAUUAUUGACCUCAGGUAACAUCUUUAUAUUUGGCAUUUCUGAUACAACACUUUUCACUGAAUAA